ACUUCCGGUACAAAGUGCUUUGCUUGAAAGUGAAAAAUUAAAAACAAUGAUUUUAAUGUUUGUAUACAAUAUUCUAGGAUGGCUUAAAGAAUCUUUUGAUAUAACUUUAUCGAAGUUGAAAUAUUUUGUCACAAGAAUUGUUGUGUUCAUUACUGUGUUUGCCAUUUUACUAUGGUUUUCAGCCUUCUUGUAUGGGAGCUUUUAUUUUGCCUAUAUGCCUCCUGUGUCUUUAACAAAACCUGUAAACUUACAGUUUAGGAUAUGUGAAGAUGGAAUAGGGAUGUGUUCAUACCCCUCAGACAAUAUAACAUUGGUUAAAGAGGGCCAAACUGAGGUGUUUGCAAGAGGUGAAACAUACACAAUCAAAAUGGAAACAGAGCUUCCAGAAUCUCCGGUAAACAAGGAAUUGGGAAUGUUUAUGGUGAAGCUACAGCUCUAUAACAAGGCAGGAGAGUUUGUCGCCAGCUCCUCUCGAUCUAUAAUACUGCACUACAGGUCGGAAUUGCUGAGGAUCUUGGACACAUUUGUGUUUUCUCCACUUCUUCUAUCCGGCUUUGCAGAACAAAAGCAGUCGUUAACUGUGGAAUUUUAUAACAGCUACAUUGAUGACUCGUACAAUCCUGCUGUUGGAGCAUAUAUAGAGGUCCAAAACAAACGAAUACAGAUUUACUCUGCUACACUCAAGAUACAUGCUCACUUUAGUGGUUUAAGGUACAUGUUAUUCCAUUGGCCUCUCCUUUCUGCUGCUAUAGGAACAAGUCUGAAUAUGUGUCUACUUAGUUUUAUUACACUGCUAUCAUGGUACCAGCUUUACUACAGUGGAGGGAAUGGUAAUUCUAAUUCAAUUGAAUAUGAGCCAGAGAUCAGACGUAAGGAUAAAACUGCAAUGGAGGAAAGGAGAAAAAAUAUACGAGAAAUGCUAGCCAGGGAAAGACAAGCAACAGAGGCACAAAUGCAGGGAAGACCUCCACCAGACCAACAGUACUCGAAGUUAGAGACGAUGGUUAGUAGAGAAAUGGAAGAAGAUACAGAGGAGAGUCUAAUGACCACAAAGAGCUGUGAAAACUCAGACAGUGAUUCAGUCCUACGUCACAGGCACCAUGUAACCUCUUCAUGAUAGAUCCUACUCUCUCUCAUUUGUUAUUGUUUCACUUGUUUUCAAUUUUAAAUACUGUUUUUAGAAUAAUUAUUUAAUGGAGAAAAGAAUCAAUUUUGUUUUCAUUGGAUACUAGCAGGCAUUUUCCAAAACCAAGACAAGGUACAACUACCAUUGAGUGACAAGGUUGUUUUACAAUUGUGAAUGUAGUUUUAAAUUUCUCAGUCAAUGUGUAUUAUUUUCUAUUUUUAUACUGUCUUUUUUUAAUAUCCUGAUGUGAAAACAACCAGAAAGUUGAGAUUAUCUGAUCAAUUUAGAAAAACAUACAUCUGAUCCAUUUAGAAAAACAUGUAUGAGCUUGGUGACAUAUAUGAAGAUUUCAUAAAGUCUGAACAAAAAUCUGAAAGUGCCAUGAUAAUGUACCAGUUCAUAUGUGCGUUUAGAUCAUGAAUAAACAACAUACUCAUUGCUGUAAGGAUUCCGAAAGUUGUGCUUUUUAAACAAAUGAUGAGCAUGUUUAGAACAAGGGCAAAAAGUCAAAGAAUGGAGAGAUUGUUGCUAUUAUUAUCAUAAAACAUAGUGCAUGUACAUACAAAUAACAUUCCAUAGAAGUAAUUAAUCUGUAAGAACCUUAUUACCUAAAUUACACUGGAUUGGUCCAUAUGCUUCGUACCACUUUCUUCUGGGGGGAUAGGCUUAAAGAAGGAGGGUAAUUGUACUCAUUUGUAAUUUUGGAGUGAUAGGGGUGCAAGAGAUUCUUUAUACUGAUCCAAGGAGAUAAUUGCUUUUGAUUGAAUGUCGAGUACUUCAACAAGAUUCCAUUUGAUUUGUGUCAUUAACUGCUCAGUAUUAAUUUCCCCAAAGUCUUUCAGUGUUUGUUUUUUUUAUUGCACCAAAUAAUGUGGUUUUUUGUAUGUGUGUGUGUGUGUGUGUGUGUGUGUGUGGAGGUGUUAAUAUUGUGUGGCUUCUCUUUUAUUUUGAGAAAUAGAGUUCAUGUGAGAAUGUAAUUAUAAAAGGAAAUUUGACUUACAUUUUUCAAAUAAGUACAUUUACUUGUAUUUGAGUAAAUUGGCUGGUUUGUGAUAAUUUUUAAUUUUCAGUGUUUGUUGAAAUAUGUACUACUAUCAAACUUUGAUAUCUUAAACAUGAUUGGAUAGACAAUAAAACUGAUUGUUUAAAAUAUUGAUGUUGAAGUUUAAAUAACACAAAGGUCAAGAUGACCUACCCUCUGCAGCAUAUAGCUUUCACAUGUAUUUAAGCAUUAAUGUUCCAGAUAUCAACAUUACACUGUAUGUUUAAAUUGACUUUUAUAUUGUGGUGGACUGCAAUAGAUUUACUCUGUAACAUUUGUGUAAACAAACCACUUUUGCAAAUAUUGACAGUUUUUCUUUUCAUCAGCAAAGAUUUGUGAAUGAUAAAUUGCUAUUAAAAAAUUAUGGUUCACAAAAUUAAGAAGAACUGUAUCUGAACUGUGCACACAAUUUUAAUCACAAGAAUGCAAUAAAUAUAAAUGUAGAAUACAAAACUUGAUUCCCAAAGACAAGACUUGUGCAGUACAUUUAUAUAUAUAUGUAUAUAGAGAAAGAGAGAGAGAGAAUUUUGCCGCAAGACUAGUGUUCUUUGUAGUAUUAUGUGAUAAACAUGUUUGUGAAAAUAUGAUGUGUUUGUGUGUGAAUUUCAAUUCUCUGUCACAUGGCUGAAUGAAAACCUUUGCCUGUUCAACUUCAAAAGUUUGAAUUAUUUGUUAGCCUGUUCACUGUAGUUUACUUUUAUGUUCGUACUUUACUAGCUGCUGUAAGAUGUGAUGUCCUUCAAGAACAUCUUUUUGUAAGAUUGCCUUUUUAUGUUAAUGAAAAGCAUUGCCUGUUCAACUUAAAAAGUUUGAAUUAUUCGUUAGUCUGUUCACUGUAGUUUACUUUUAUGUAUUUAAUUUAACAUACUUUACUAGCUGCUGUAAGAUGUGAUGUACUUUAAGAGCAUCUUUUUUUUGUAAAAUUGCCUUUUUAAUGUGACAGACAGGCAUCCUGUUCUCAAUUAGUAACUCUUGUUUUAGCUCAUUAAUCAAAUCAUUUAGUUUAUACAAAUCAAACACUCAGUUAUUAUCUACGUUUUCAAAAGAAACUGUGUAUAUUUUGCACAUGCAAAAAAAAAGGCGAGUUGAAAAAUGAAGAUAAUGUUCCUGUCUGUGCAGUGAUCACCAUCUUAUUUAAGUUAAACAUUUAUUCUUGUUUUGCUAGAAAAAGAAAUAAAUCCAUUUUAUUUA